AUGAAUCGUGUAAUUCUGGUGACAUUUUUGGUUGUGUGCGUCUGUGGUUUCAUCUCCUCCGCCGAUGGGAUGCCUGCGCGCCGCAAACAGCAGUCCAGCUCUUCCGAAGAGUCCGGUGAAGUGCAGCCGAAGAGUAGCGAUCGAGAAAUGGGCCAGAAUGGUCCGGGAAAACACCGAAAGUCUCAAUCAUCCGGGGAAAAGGGAGAGAUGAAAAUGAGACGACCUCGGCCACCUCCAAGACGCAGGAAGAACAAGAACAAGAACAGGAAUCAAAUGUCUUCGACGACCACGACAUCUACCUCCACUACAACGGCUUUACCAACUACCAGUUCCUCUACCACUGCAACACCUCGAUCGGAAUCGACGACAUCUACCACCACAACAACGGUUUUACCAACAACCAGCUCUACUACGGCAUCACCUCGAUCGGAAUCGACAACAACUACCUCCACAACAACGGUUUUAUCAACUACUAGUGCUUCUACCACGGUAUCACCAUCAUCCACUAAAACUCCGUUAACUUCUUCCAAUCCGACCACUACGACUACCGGAUCUAUUACUACUCCGACCUCGUCGACUACCUCCACGACAGUUUCCAGUACAACGACGAGUUCGACUACUACACCUGCCACCAGUUCUACGGCAAGUGUUUCCACUACCACCGCACGUUCAUCGCCUCCAACACGUCCGCGACGUGAUGAUCAAUAG